AUGACAGACGGGCAUUUCGUCGUUAUACCGGUAACAGUAGAAGAUGUGCUGUAUUGCAGUUUUUCUAGCUGGUACGCAAAAUUUGGAAAGUAUACCAUCUCAGAUGCUGCCAUUUUCAAACCAUUACCGAAAGAAUUCGUUGCUUACUUGGAAAGCGACGGAAUAGAGCUUCCGAAAGAGAACAAAAAAGACUCGGUACUUUUCCAGGAUGCAAAACCCAACAGUGAUAAUGAGUAUAGUGACUGGGAAGAGAGUGACGCCGGGAUUUUGAAAAAUAGUGAAAAGAUGAAUUCGGAUCCAACUGAACACUUCAAAUCUUUCCAUAACGAACUCAAAGAAACCAUCAAAUCUUUUGGUAGUGUUGCCCCUAAACUAAAUUGGUCAGCACCUCAAGAUUCAACUUGGAUAAUGACAGGACGAAACAUGAAAUGUUUUUCGACCUCCGAUCUCUUUCUUCUUCUCAAGUCAUCUGACUACGUGAAUCAUGACAUGUACCAUGCCUUCGAUGAGACCACUGAUUACGAUAAAGCCAAUCCUCCAAAAUUUGAGCUAGAACUAAUUUUGCGUAAGUGGGUAGACAUAAAUCCUUCUACAGAAUUUCGCUGCUUUGUUAGAGAUAGACAACUGAUCGCCAUAUCUCAAAGAGAUCUUAACUACUACUCUUUCCUUGAUGAAAUCAAAGAGGAAAUAAUGGAGAAAAUAUUCAUGUUUUUCGACGACGUUCUCAUGGGUAAGUUUGAUUGCAAUAGUUUUGUUUUUGAUGUUUAUAUACCCAAGCCACUCAAAAAAAUGUAUCUCAUUGAUAUCAACCCAUUUCAGAGAAGCACAGAGUCUUUAUUAUUUAGUUGGAACGAACUAGCAACUAUGAAACCAGCAGAUGAUGAUGUGGAUAUUCGCUUUGUUACUGAGCAUAAUAGUGGUAGGUUUGCGUCAAAAGCACAUAGUCAAAAUCAUGUUCCUGUUGAGUUCGUGAAUGCUUCUGUUGAUACGCAGUCAAUGAUUGACUUUUUGAAAAAAUGCAAAAAUAUGGAACUUGAGAAUUCAGACUCAGAUGAUUCAAGCAACGAAGAGACCGAGAGGCUUUGA